AUGUAUAUUGUAUUUUCAAAGUUUUGUGAGCUUGGCGAUGCUGUUGGACUGGGGUCAGUUGAAGGCAUUCUGGGAAAAUUUCAGUGUUCUUCUAGUGAUGAUUCUUACCUCCUCUUAUUGAAUAGAAGCGAUUUUAUUUGCUAUCUCCAUGAUGGCAUUGAAGUACGACGAAUUUCGAAAAUUACCUUGAUGCCUAUCUCUAGUUCUUCUCUCCCGAAGACUUUCCAAAUUAACAAGGGUCCACAAAAUAAUACUCAGGCAUUAAGCACCCAAGAUCGACCCCAAUCGGCUAAGCAACAAGCCCUCGUUCAAGCAGUUCAAAAUACCUUCAAGGCGGCCUCUGGUAUGAUUAAUUUCAAGCAAAAGCCCAAAGGAAUUGGUAAGCGCUUUGAAAAUCGGAUCUUGGAGGAAUUGGAGAAGUUGUUUGAAGGAGAGGCGGAUCAAUUCUAUUACGCGAAAGGUGGGGCCGAUUUGACCCUUUGGACGCAACGACGUGAGGCUCGUCGAAUGCGUGGUGAGUUCUGCAGUUGGGAGGACUUGAAAACCUUUUCACGUACCUACUGGCGUCCAAUUUGGUGUCGAUACGAUGACUGCUUCGUUUGGAAUCACCUUAUUCUUCAAGAUCUAAUUUCUCCGGCUUUGGAAUUCCUAAUUAACUCAGAGGGGCUCCCAAGCUCCAUAACGGAGCCUAAGCCACCUUCUCCCACUUAUGUGGAUGAAUUUGAGAAGAAAGAAGUGGAGGAAUCUACGAUUCAUGAUAACAAACCCAUUAUAGAUGGGAUUGGUGAACGGGCUCAGCUCACAGAUUGUCUAUGUGCUCUGGAAUCAAUGCUUAUUCCGGUGAUUAGUGGAUUUGUUAAACAGGAUAAGCUUACUCUACCCAUUUGGGAUGUAGACGGUCGAAUAACUUCAGAGGAACCUGAUACCGUUACUCUCACUAUUAUUUCGCGAAGAAGUCAGUACAGAGCUGGUUGCAGAUAUCGCCGACGAGGCAUUGACGAAAAUGGACACGUAGCAAACUAUGUUGAAACGGAGCAGGUCCUUGAGGUGCCAAGCGAUUUUAAUACUCAUGUUCUCUCCUUCCUUCAAAUUCGUGGUUCUGUGCCUGUCUUUUGGACUCAAACUGGAAUUAAAUACAAACCACCUAUUCAAUUGCAUAGAAGUCUAUCAGAAAAUCGAGAUGCCUUUCGCCUACAUAUUGAGCGUUCAUUGAGCAAGUUUGACCGCCUGACUGUGGUGAAUCUCGUGGAGACAACACCAGGACGACAAGAGAGCAAAAUCACAGAGGCCUACAUUAGGCAACUCCUUCUACUGAACAACCCCAAGGUCACAUAUGUUGGCUUUGAUUUUCAUGAGUACUGCAAAGGUCUCCGUUUCGAUAAUGUCGCUGUUCUUUUGGAUGGUGUUAAGGAAAAUAUUCGUGACAUGAAGUAUUGUUGGCUUCACAAAGACUACUUUAUGUGCAAACAGGAGGGUGUUUUUCGAGUGAAUUGUGUCGACUGCUUGGAUAGAACUAAUCUUGUGCAAAGUGUGUUUGCCACCGUAGUACUUGAAUCACAAUUGCGAAAGCUAGGUCGUCUUCCACCUGAAGUGGAGUUGCCUAUGCCAUUAGCUCGUGCUGUUCAGGCUGUUUGGGCUGACAAUGGGGACGCUCUUUCAAGACAUUACACCGGCACAGCUGCAAUGAAAGGUGACUAUACACGAACUGGUUCUCGUACGGUCAAUGGUCUAAUGAAGGAUGGAGUCUCUUCAAUGAGCAGAUAUUACCAACGCUUUGGGGAGAUUAAGCGACAAGCUGCCAUGGACUUCCUUCUUGGCCAUGCGAACAGUCCUGAACUUCGGUUCCUCCGAAAUUGCAGUUCUCCGGAUAUCGCAAGUCAAAAGCUUCCAAAUAUCGAAGCAUCUUCCCUUCUUGCCGCUGUUCGUUCGACUUGUUUGGAGAGUGAUGAGGAUUCAUUCUUUGAAUUUGUUGCUUCCACUGCAGUGGUGCAAUCCAGACGCACUGAGGUUAGAGCCUUUGGAAUUCUGACUAGCCGAUAUCUCCACAUCGUCAGAUUUGUUGAUGAUCCCUUGGUCAAUAGUCAAGCUCAUUUACGCAUUCCCAUCCAAUCAAUAAACCACGUUUCUCUUGCCACUGAAAAUGCUUUGUUUAGGCAACCGACACCAGUGUUACAUGUUUACUUCAAAGCUCCAAAAGGUGCCAGCUCCCAACAUUCCAGGCCGUCUACUCGUAGUAAUCCAGGAGAGUGGCGAUCUAGUGACGAGGCGAGUAGCGAAAGUAGGCGCUCAAUUCAAUCACCUUCAGCAGUCAAGAGAUCUUCGCCAUUCAACAGCGCCCACAAUUAUGAUCAAUAUCGUCUUGACUUACGACAGGCACCCUUCCGCCUUUUCAAUAAUUAUUUAGUUCCAAUAACCAGUGCUGACGAAGCCACCGAUUCUCUUCGUGCUAUUAGUGAAUUUAUUACAGCGCUCUAUCAGUCUAUUGACCCGACCGUCAAUUUGGAGUUAACAACUACUCCAGAUAUUAGACAAAAUAGCAGAUCGGUGAUGCAGCGACGAACAGCCCUACUUCUACCCCCAGAAUACACCAAACCACUAGACAAGGAGGUUCGUUCUGCACUCAGUGAGCGACGUGAUAGUCUUCGGCCCUUCCUCACGUCUCUCCAGCCAAAUCGUCGCAAUAGACGCUCUCAGGGCAACCGUGGAGGUAGUGAACAGCGUCGUUCUUUGGAACCCACAGCUGGAUCGCGGCUUUGGGCCUUUGGUAAUCCAGCUGCUUCCCAAACCCCUUCGGACCUCUCACCGAAAUCUAGUGUAAAGGGAAUUAGAAACUCUCUCGACAAAUUAUUGAAGCAGUCUUCAGCUCUGGUCGAGAUAGUUCGGCCCAACACCGCGGGAUCAGCUAAACAGGUUGGAGAUACUGAUGUCCGAACAAACGGUUCUUUAAAUGCACAACGAAAUGAUUAUCAAGACAGGUCACCAACAAUGAAAAUGAAGAUAAUUCAACCCGUAAGUGAAGUGGACGGCAGAAGGCAGAAGUGCGCGGAGGAGAUCCCCAUUAAGGUAUUCGCUGCGGCGGAACCUUUCGAAGACAUUGAGGAUGAUAACGAUGACGAAGCUAGUACCGGCUCAGACAUUGAAUUUGACCGCUUGGAACAAGGCAUCGAUGCUCUCAUGGUUUCCGAUAUUGAGGACGUUCCAGAGGGCAUCAGUGAACCCGCCAGACACACGUCAUAUGCAGCAGCAGUUCCAGUAGAAGACACUUAUGUUGAACAGGAAGAAGAUGAUACCUCUGAAGACCGUCAUCCAGUGUCAGAUACUGACCAGACUCAUGCUCGACCUAUUUCCUCCCUUCGGAAAGUUAGCGACGAUGUCACCGCGAAACCCUCCAAUGCCACCAGUGUAAAUGAUCCUCAUAUAACCAUCUCAAACAAACUAUCAUCUUCACAUCUUACUCAGCGUAAUGUGACUCAAAGUUCCCCCUCGCAGUCUAUCUUGAGUCCAAAUCCUUGUAGUGGAAUAACGAGGAUAUCUCAAAGGCGUUCGAGACCAAAAUCUGUACGCGACGACGUUUUGCUCCAACCACGCAGUCACUCAUGGGAUGGUACCCAAGUCAACAGACACAAAAUGGUGCCAUUAAAGAGGAAUAUCUCCGACACCCUUGUAGUUUGCUAUCGUGAGGUUUUUUAUCCGAAAGGAGAUCAAAGAGAUUCCAGUAGAGCCAGGAGGCUGACUUUAAAACACCAGUUGAACGCGCAUUUUGAGGACUUCAGUAUUCCAUCGAUCAAUCGGUUACUGGAGUCCGCAACUCCCCCCAAAAUCACUUACGACCUUCGGAACGUCUCCGAAAGUGAGGCUGCUAGACUUAGGCACCUGAAACUUCAUGAAGAGCACAAAGGUCAUGAGGCUAUGCACUUGGAAAUGCUUCUGAUUCUCAUCUUCUUCUCAUUUGGUUGCCAAUUUCUAUUAAUGCUUUGGAAAAAGUAUCGGCCGAAGUCAUACCAUCUCUUCACCCUUAUUGCCAUGUGGAUCGUGCCUAUAUGCUACUCCGUGUACAUGUUAUACUUUAGGUUUAUCGCAAUAUGGUUCCUCUUUUCUCUCAUAUCUGGGGUGAUGGUUUACCUCAGCUCCAAUCCACAAAUCGCAACAACUACUCCUAGGACUGUAUAUUGGUGGUUUCUACUCAUGCACAAGGUUUCUUACUCUGCGACUUUGUUAGGCUAUCUUCUGGUUCUCUUCUGUAUGUUUAUUCCACAGAUUAUAAGCCCUACUUUUGCCUUUCCUGUCGGUGGUCUAAUCCUGUUUUAUGGCGUAUACUUUGGUCUCAUCGCUCGAGAUUUUGCCGAAGUUUGUACAGAUAAAAUGGCAGCUCACAUUAGCUAUUUCUCAGAAACAGGCAUUCCUUUGAGAAAAAUUGAUCCCAGUGUUUGUGCUCUAUGUACCAAGGUCAUGUUGAAUGGACAAGGUGAAAAGAAGUAUAAACUUAAUUGUACACAUGUUUUUCAUGAAUUUUGUCUUCGUGGUUGGUGCAUUGUUGGCAAAAAGGAUAUCUGCCCUUACUGCAAGGAGAAAGUAAAUCUUCACAAGCUCAUAAAAAAUCCCUGGGAAAAGCCUCACCUUCUAUUUGGCAAUCUGCUGGACGGUAUCCGCUAUCUAGUCGCGUGGCAACCGUUGAUCGUAAUGGCAGUACAUACCAUUAUAUGGGCCUUGGAUUUGAAGUAA